AUAGUAAUUUGUUUCAAAUUUGACAAUUUGCUUUGUAAUCAUGGCGUCUGAGCGCUACAGUUUUUCUCUAACUACUUUUAGUCCGUCUGGUAAAUUAGUGCAAAUAGAAUAUGCAUUAGCCGCUGUAGCCGCCGGAGGGACCUCCGUGGGUAUCAAAGCAUCAAAUGGCGUUGUCAUAGCUACAGAGAAUAAGCACAAGAGCUCACUUUACGAUGAACACAGUGUCAACAAAGUGGAGAUGAUCACUGGACACAUUGGCAUGGUGUACUCGGGCAUGGGUCCGGACUACCGGCUGCUGGUGGCGCAGGCACGCAAGACUGCGCAGCAGUACUACCUCAUGUACCACGAGCCCAUCCCCACGGCGCAGCUGGUGCAGCGCGUGGCCACCGUCAUGCAGGAGUACACACAGUCGGGAGGCGUGCGACCGUUCGGCGUGUCGCUGCUGGUGUGCGGCUGGGACGGCGGGCGCCCCUACCUGUUCCAGUGCGACCCCUCGGGGGCCUACUUCGCGUGGAAGGCCACCGCCAUGGGCAAGAACUUUAACAACGGCAAGACUUUCCUCGAGAAGAGGUAUACAGAGGAGUUGGAGCUGGACGACGCAGUGCACACCGCUAUACUCACCCUCAAGGAAGGCUUCGAAGGCGCCAUGACGGCUGACAACAUCGAGGUGGGCAUCUGCGACGCGGCCGGCUUCCGGCGCCUCGAGCCCGCGCACGUCAAGGACUAUCUGGCGAAUAUCCCCUAAUCUGUACAUAAAAUAUAAUACAAUAUAUAAACUUUUCAUUUUU